AUGCCCAUUGUGCCAAUCGCCUGGACAAGCCUGGACGAAUAUGUUGAGAAUCUUUGCGAAUUCAUCAGCUCGCCAAUUGCGCGCCAAAUCACCGGGGGCAUUCACGUCAACGAUGCUCUCAUCCACAAUGCCUGGGCCACGCUACCCAAGGAAUGGACCGACUGGUGGUCCUUGUUUCCCCACCAUCGUCUUGCGCAGCAGCAACUCAUAGACAGUAUCCGCGAAGAAGCCGACCGACCCGAGGCCAGCUCUGAACUUGAUGGCAUGGAUUCGCGCCCCGGCCAGACACCCGAAUCUCUCGCCGCCUGGCUGGCAAGGCUGCAGCAGCUCGCCCUCCCCCGGACGCCACGCGAGGGUCCCACAACGCCUUUGCCGGAAAUCCUCACCCUGCGCAUGACGCCCAAGAAGAUUGCCGAGGUCUCCAAAGUCGUGGCUUACAUCCACAGCAUCUGCCAGAGGAGGAGCAUAACUCGAGUUGUCGACAUGGGCGCAGGGCAAGGCUACCUGUCCGUCAGCCUGGCGUACCUAUUUCCCCAGCUGCGAGUCCUGUCCAUUGACGGCAGCGAAGCCCAGGUCGCCGGGUCGCGGUCAUUCUCUGGCUCUCUGGCUAUAUCCGAGCACAGGCUGAAGCACCUGGUUCACUGGAUCGACGGCUCGCCGGCGCUUGCGAAGCAAAUCGAAGACUGGGCCGACGGCCAGCCCUGUCUCCUGGUCGGACUGCACGCCUGCGGAAGCCUGCCAGAGACCAUGCUCAGGUACUUCACCACGGUGAGCUGCAUCGACGCGGUAGCCGUCGUGGGGUGCUGCUACAAUCACAUCGUCCCCCGCUCGCCCAGCUGUCCGGACGGAUUCCCCAUCAGCUCGGCACUGCAAAGACACAACGUGGUGCUCAGUCCCACGGCCCUGAUGGCGGGUUGCCAGGCACCAAACAACUGGAAGAGAAAAAGCGCGCAAACGAUGGCUGCCGAGGAAGACUCUGUUUUCGAAAGACGUCGCCUGUAUCGCGCGAUACUCGAAAAAAUCUUCUUCGACAAGGGCAUCCCCGUGGCUGCUGGUGCGGACGGCGAGCGGCCCAUCUGGGGUAUUCGCAAGGGCGACGUGGCGAGCUUCACCAAGUUUGCGCGCAGGGCCAUGGAGUGUCUACAGCUUGGGUAUGAGACGGUCCCGACUGCUGAGCUGGUGGGGUACGAAGAGCGGUACAAGGGCUGCAUGGGCCAAAUCUCCAUCUUGUGGACGCUCGGCGUGCUUUGCUGCAAGGUGGUGGAGAGUGUGAUUGCAGUGGACCGGUAUUGCUUCCUCAGAGAACAGGGGGCGCGAGCGGUUGAUAUUGUGCCGAUUUUCGACGUCAAUAUUUCGCCUAGGAAUUUGAUGAUGGUGGCUGAGAAAGAGCCGAACCCCAACCCGUUGUGA